AUGCUCUCCAUUCCUGUUGGGGCAUAUAAAAGGGAUCCUGCGGAUAUGAAGCAACAACUUGCGGCGGCUGCAACCGGUCAGAGCGGCACCAGUGACAGCGCGUUGAGGCAAGCCAUUCUUCAAGUUGUCUCCAUCUGGCUAAACCGGCUAUCCCUCGUCAGCGGUAUCGCCACAUUCUUUGCAUCUAUCGACUCGCUGCUAUUCUCGCUUGCGAGUACUGCCACCCAUCUAGGAGAUCCUGCGAGUCCCUGGAGCGCAACGGACAAGCUCACAACAGCCAGUUUCGCUGGUGCCCUCAUAUUCCACGUCUGCUCUGCCAUUCUCGCGUUUGUUGCCUCCUUCGUCCUCGUCAGAUUACAGCUCCUCGAUGCAGACUACGAAGAGGUUAUAGCGGGUGGCAAAGUUCCUGGUGUACGGACUUUCUUCACCGGCACCCGCGAUCCUGAAGUCCCCCACGCGAUUGUUACUGGGCAUGGCAAGCGACCUUCCACGUCCUCGGUUCCGGAUGCUCCAUCGUCCUCUGAAGACCCGCUAUUGGAUGCCUCUAACGCCGUGAUAUCCCGCGUCACAGUCAAACGCGUCCAUCCGCUGUAUUUCCUGAGCCUUCCUUCUAAGGGCUCUGUCAAGCCCGCUGCUUCACAACUCCCGGACGCCAUCAUGAAUCCUCCUAUUGAACUAUUGGCGCGCUGUCACACGCUUGCAGUAUGGAUGUCUGUGAUAGGCUUUAUCCUUGGGGUUAUAGGCAUCAUUACUUAUGCGUGGGUGGCCACUCCGCUUGCUGUUAGCAUCUUUUCGAUAGCGUGCUUGGGAGCAUGCUUUUUGACGGGUGCUGCCGCCGUUUGGUAA